GCUUAUUUAGAAAAUGAAUUAUUGGUCUAUUCCGACCCACGAGAAUAGGCGCCAUUCGACAAAGAAAUUCUGAAAAUUACAGAGGCACGAAGCCAACGGAAUCGUGCGUUGAAUCACAACAAAAGCUCAUCCAAAACUCGAUUUAGUCUGUACUGGAUAGUAGUUCACCAUGAGUAUAAGUAGAGGAUACUCUCAAGAGUCUAACCUCAUCCUGAAUACAGUGCAAUUUGACUACCAUUCUCUACAGUACGAGUUCUAUCACCAACACUGUGGAAUUGUAAAACAGGAGCAGGAAGGAUUGUUCCUCGUCAAACCUCGAAAGCAAGUAAGGAACUUUUCCCCCCUCCCUGGUAUUAUUAUUAUUAUUCUAUUCAGAGAGUGGAAACUGGAAGUGGGAUUUUAUAAUCCACGCGAGGUAUGAGAGAAAUUCCAGUUGGUUGGUUGUUUUUUUCUUUCUCUAGCAGUCUCUUCUUCUCUCCCUUCCCUUCCCCUGCUGCUGCUCUGGGUUUCGUGUGUGUCUCUUCUGGGUAUUAUAUAAAUGGGGUUUUGUUUAUGGCUAUGGGAGUAUAUUUAUAAAUGGGGCUAGUGUUUGUUGGCGUUGGGAAUCCCCAUUCCCAUUCCCUUCUCAUCAAACAUUCAUUCCCACAUUGCACGCCUGUUUGUUUCUUCGUUUCUCUCCUCCAUCAUCAUCAUCCUCCUUAUAUAACUCUGUAAACUUUUUGAAAUUGCAGAGCCAAACCCAGAAAAUUCACAGUCACCCAGAAGCCAAUCAGUGCUCAGAGUUCAUUCACCGGCGAAAGGAAAGGAAGGAAAACGACAAGAAGAAUUGGGCAGGGGGGGCGACUCUGUAAAUUCUCUGUAUCCGUCAUCAAACAAAUAUCAGAAAACUAACAGCUGCUCUGCUCUGCUGCUGCUGCUCGUCACACAAAACGCCAACGCCACCUCUUUCUCUCUUCAGUCUUCCCGUUGUUCAUUCCUCACAAACAUUCUCUCUUCCCCCUCCAUUAUAUGUCUGCCACAUUCCCAUGAAACUUCAUCUACUCGAGUCCCAUUGCUCCCUUCUCCCUUCUUACUCCCAGGAUUCCCUCUCCUUCCUUCUCAAUCCCCCUUACGCCCGGUGCCGCCGCUCUCCGCCGCCUUUCCGCGGCGUACGGAUGGACUCUUCUUCUCCUCCUCCAGCUCUGUCGUUACCCCGCCGGCAGAGGGAGAAGGUUUUGGUGAUCAUGGGGGCAACGGGUUGCGGGAAAUCGAAGCUCUCCGUCGAUCUCGCAACCAGCUGCGGGGUCGAGGCCGAAAUCAUCAAUUCCGACAAAAUGCAGGUCUACAGGGGGCUCGACAUCGCCACCAACAAAAUCACGAUUCCCGAGCGGAAAGGGGUCCGGCACCACCUCCUCGGCGAUUUGGACCCGGCCGACGGCGAAUUGACCGCCGCCGAGUUCCGCGACGCCGCCGGGGCGGCGGUCGCCGACAUUGCGUCGAGGGGGAAGCUCCCCGUCGUGGUGGGUGGGUCCAAUUCGUUCAUCUAUUCUCUCCUCGUUGACCGGUUCCACCCCGGGUCGGACGUUUUCCACGGGUCGGGUCCGGGGGACCGGGUCUCCCCGCAGCUGAGGUACGACUGCUGCUUCCUCUGGAUCGACGUCGCGUUCCCCGUCCUCUGCGACUACCUCUGCCGGCGGGUGGACGAGAUGGUGGAGACCGGGAUGAUGGAGGAGAUGGCGGAGUUCUACUCGUCGGAGUCGUGGGCGGGUCGGGUCGGGCUGCUGAAAACGAUCGGGGUGCCCGAAUUAGAAUGGUAUUACAAAAUGGGAAAUUUUGAAAACAAUAAGAACAACAGGAAAAUGAUCGUUAAUGGAGGUGGAGAUGAAGAAGGAGGAGGAGGGUGGGAUACAGUACGGAGGAGCGUAUACGAGGAUGCGGUGAGGAAGAUCAAGGAGAACACGUGUCGGCUGGCGGAGAGGCAGGUGGGGAAGAUCGUGCGGCUGAAAAGCGGCGGGUGGGACCUACAUAGGGUGGACGCGACGGACGUGUUUAGAGAGCGGUUGAGAGCGGAGGAUGAGGCGGCGGCGGAGGCGGAGGAGGAGGAGGAGAUGGAGGUGGUGAUGGCGGCGGCGCCGGAAAGCGGCGGUGGCUCGCGGAGGAAGAGUAGGAAGAAGAGGCGGAGGCAGUGGGCGGAGGUGUGGGAGAAGGAGGUGAUGGAUCCAAGCGUGAAGAUUGUGAAGCGGUUCUUGGAGGAGGAGUAGGUUCUGCAUCCAGCUUUUUUCCAGCUUUCUCCAAAUAAUUUUUUCAUUUAUUUUUUCAGUUUCCCCAUUUCUCUCUCCAUACGCAUUUUAUUUUAUUUUUUUUCAUUUUUGGUUUCAGAAAAAUGUUUUGAAAAUACAGCGUAGGAAAAAAGAUAGGAAAGAAAGAAAUUUUGAUGAGAGUAGAUAGUUAGAUUAAUUUUAGCACCAUAAAAGCAGUUUUGUUAGUGCUAGAAAGUUUUGGUAGAAUAAUGAAGGGAAGGAAUGUGGAUCUCUGAGCAAGAGGAUGUGCAUUUCUUUUCUGAAUUCUUUUCUAUUGAUAGCUUGUAAUAAUUAUUUUUUAUAUAUAAUUCAUAUAUGUAAUAAAUUCGUUAUUAUUAUUGUUAUUAUUAUCAAUUUAUCACGUUGAUCUGUGGUUGAAAGAUGUCAAAAUUUCUCAUUCUAAAAAUUAGUUAAGAAGAAGAAGAGCAAAAUAUGCACUCCUAGUGAAGAAGAAGAAGAAGAAGAAGAAGAAGAAGAAGAAGGCAAAAUCCCAAAUAAGUGGCAUACAAAAGAGAACUUUUUGAACCCUUUUUGGCUUUUUUCUUCCGUCAUCUGCCUUUGUUUUUGUUUCUUACUAUGAAAAUAAACGGGGACCUCCCCUGGACUCCUGGUGGGACCCAAUCAGAAUUUGUUACGAGCUGUCCAAAAGAACUGUAUAAUACUGCAAUUCAGUUUUUAAAUCGGCUUGGAUUUAUUUAUUUAUCUAUUUUUAUGAAUAUUCAGGGUUUUUUUUAAAUUUAUUUCCGACCUAUAAUAAUAAUAAAAAUUUGAAUGUUUUAUGACUAUUAUUAUUGCCUUGCUUGUCAUCAAGGAGGUGACCAAGCCAUACAUUGAGGGAAAAUACAGAAUACUCUAGAACAUGUAAUGAAACUUAUGAAUAGUUUUCUUCUUUUUAGAAGAUUGGACGAAGAAUUUCUUUACCAACCUUUAUAUAUUAGACGAAUCAACUUCGAUAGGAUUAAUAUUCAAAAAAGACACAAGAUGAACACAAAGUAUGGGUGAUAAAAGAAUGACCUAAUCAAAGCAAAAUAAUUGGCCACAAACUUGAUCACUCUAUAAUCAUGCUUUAACCUAACCUACCAAUGCAUCGUCAUAAUUAAGGCGCCUAAUCUCUAUAAAAAAAGUUCGACCGCUUCAAUAAAGUUUUGUGAGAGAAAGCUAUACACAAAAAUAUAUAUAUAGUUAACAAACUAUAAUGUGCCACUCAUUGUGUUUUUCUUCUUCUUUCUAUCUUCCAUUUUGUAUGUGUUUAUUUAAGAGCAACUGGAUUUAAAAUCUAUUGAUAGAUAUGGCCAAAUUGAUCAUUCUAUCCACCUAGAUAGUUAGACCCUGUUAAAAACUAUAAACAUAGUGGGGGCACUUUCUCUUUAAAAAAUGGGAUUAAGCAUGGGCUGAGCACCCAAAUUAAUUAGCAAAUGGGAGAAAUGAUGUGUCUUACCCCUUUUUAAAUAUUUGUUAGUUAAAAAUAAUGAGUAUGUUCCAUUUUUAGUACAGCCCAUUCUCCUCAUCAACAUACUUGCACGACAUCCACCCAAUUUCACAGGUAAGUCAUGACACAUUUUCCAUCCCAAUAAUGUUAAAUUAUUAUA